ACGAGCAACAGGCAACCUGUUGAUGGUGAUUUACUGUAUGGACGCACUUUGCAACUUUUCGCACUGGAAAAUUAUGCGCAUGAUCUCCGGAGUUUGACGAGGUUAAGUUACCCGACAUCUUGCGUGCCACGACAGUCUGCAAAGUGGGACAGACCGUUAUGCGCUCUACGGGAACGGAGUCGCGGAUAUUUUAUGAUUGCUGGAUAUACUUUUAUACGUUUUUUACUGGUGGUAGUUUACGUCAAACCAUGCCGUUAAAAGUAGCCAUGGGUUGCAUGUAUAGACCGAGGAGCUAUCGAAUGAAUGUGACUUUGUGAUAUUUUUUCCAUUCAUUUUUCUACAAGGCUCUACGACACUUUUCUCGGGCGGACGGGGACAGGUGACUCCCGCGCAGUCAACGUGUCCCUGUCUGUUUAGCACGCAUGUUACUGUACGCCUUGACCUACAUCUUGUCCAAUUCAAGGGAAUGACUACCAUCGUAAGAACUUUUGCUUUUUGACAAGACAAUUGUCUCCAUCAUGAGACUGCUCACUUUACUUUGUGUGGUUUUGGGACUAUGGAGGAGUGUAUCCAUGAACAGGAACUGCCCGGACCUGAUCAUCGACAGCUGUCACUGCACUUCGGAAAGGUCCAAGGAGCUCAGCAGACAGAACGUCCGCGUGAAAGUCGUUUGCAAUGACGCGGACUUGCUUGACGCCCUGCAGCCGAGCUUUCUUCCCAACACGACAGUCUCGCUGAUCCUCAGCAACAACAAAAUCGCCCUCCUCAAAAAUGGCUCUUUCUACGGGCUGGCCGCCUUGGAGAAACUAGACCUGAGGAAUAAUUUAAUUAGCCGGCUGGAGCCAGGGGCUUUCCGUGGGCUGGCAGCACUGAAGAGACUGGAUCUCUCCAACAACCGGAUUGGCUGCCUCUCUGCAGAAAUGUUCCGUGGCCUCGGCAAUCUCUCCAAAUUAAACCUCUCUGGGAAUAUCUUCUCCACGCUGCCAGAGGGAGUCUUCACCCACCUGCAGUCCCUCAGGGCUCUGCAUUUCAGCACUGACUCUCUGUUCUGCGACUGCCAGCUGAGCUGGCUGCUGGCGUGGGUGCGCAGCAGGUCCGUGCGCAUCGGCAACGACACGCUCUGUGUUUACCCCACCCGCCUGCAGGGGAUGGAGCUGCGCAGCAUAGCGCCAGACACACUCACCUGCGAUGGUCCUCUGGAGCUGCCCCUCUUCCAGCUGAUCCCGUCCCAGCGGCAGGUGGUGUUUCGCGGGGACCGCUUGCCCCUGCAGUGCACCGUUUCCUUCCUGGAGCCCUCCCUCUCCAUCAGCUGGAGCCACAACCAGCAGCCCGUCAGCACGCACGAGGAGAGGGGCGUGUACCUGGAGGAGCCGGUGGUCCACGACUGCUGCCUCAUCACCAGUGAACUCAUCCUGUCCAACAUCGAUGUGGGCGCGUCCGGCAUCUGGGAGUGUCAUGUGACCAGUUCCCGUGGCAACAGCUCGCGGCACAUGGAGAUCGUGGUCCUGGAGACAUCUGCGCCGUACUGCGCCGCGGAGAGAGUCACGGGCAACAAGGGGGACUUCAGGUGGCCGAAAACCCUGGCUGGCAUCCUAGCUUUCCUGCCUUGUCCGGGCCCCAUCCGGGCCCCCACCUCCCCUGCCUCGGGUGUCACGCCCCUGAAGAAGAAGGCGUGGCGCCGCUGUGACCGGUCAGGCCGCUGGGCAGAAGAGGACUACACCCAGUGCCCAUACGCCAGUGAAGUCACCCGUGCACUACACCAGCUCACCCAGAUGUCUGUUAACACCAGCAAUGCCGUGACUCUGGCGCAGCAGUUGGCCUCCUUCACCAGCAGGGCGGCGCACUUCGGCGACGUGAUGGACGUGAUCUAUGUGACACACCUGGUGGAGAGGAUUACGCGCCUGGUGGGAAAGAUUGGGGAGCUGGCGGACAUGGUGUGGGACAUCGGCAGCAACAUGAUGCUGGUGGAGGAGCAUAUCCUGUGGAUGGCCCAGACGGAGGCCAGAGCCUGCACGCGCAUAGUCCAGUGUGUGGAGCGCGUGGCUGACCUGGCCCUCAACUCACACACACCACUCAUAUCCAAGGUCUCUCCCAACAUAGCCCUGGAGGCCCACCUGGUCAAACGCUCCAACCUGAUUGGUCUCUCCUGCAUGGUGGUCCAGCGUUCUCGUCCCGGGCCCCCAGCGGCAGGCCCCGCGGGCCCUCGCACCCCUCCUCGGGACGGGACGGGGACAGAGGCGUCAUCGUCGCAGCCUGACACCCUACUGAACUUCAAAUGCCAGCCCAUCAACACCAGCAGUUCACCUGCGGGACAGCUCAGCAGGAACACAGUGGCUGUCGCGUCAAUCCAUUUACCGCUGGCUGCUGCUGUCGCCCAUGCCCCUAGUGCAUCUGCGUUGCAAUCUGUUGAUAACUCCACUUGCAAGCUGCAGUUUAUUGUCUUUCGCAAUGGGAAACUCUUUCCUUGCACAGGGAAUUCGUCGAACCUCGCCGACGAUGGGAAACGAAGGAGUGUUGCAACACCAGUUGCAUUCACCAAAUUAGAUGGCUGCAGCCUGGGGAGCGCUGUGCAGCCCGUCACCAUUGCUCUCCGGCACUUGGCACUGGGUGUAGACCCUACCGCUGCCUACUGGGACUUUGACCUGCUGGAUGGCCACGGAGGCUGGAGAGCAGAGGGGUGCAACAUAACGGGCUCGGUGGGGAAUACGACCACCAUUUAUUGCACUCAUCACAAGAACUUUGCAGUGCUAAUGGAUCUGAAGAAGGUGUUGUCCUUCCCUCCGUACCCGGGGGAGUUUCUGCACCCGGUCGUGUACGCCUGUACGGCGGUGAUGCUGCUCUGCCUCUUCGCCUCCAUCAUCACCUACAUCGUGCACCACAGCGCUAUCCGCAUUAGCCGUAAAGGAUGGCACAUGCUCCUCAACUUCUGUUUCCACACGGCCCUGACCUUCGCUGUGUUCGCCGGUGGCAUCAACCGGACCAAGUACCCAAUUAUAUGCCAGACAGUGGGUGUGACACUGCACUACUCUUCUCUGUCCACCAUGCUGUGGCUGGGCGUGACGGCCCGCAACAUCUACAAGCAGGUGACCAAGAAGCCAGCUCAGCAGCAGGACGGGGACGCCCCAGCACACCCUCCAAAGUCACCUAUGCUGAGGUUUUAUCUAGUAAGUGGAGGAAUCCCUUUCAUCAUCUGUGGAAUUACUGCGGCGACUAAUAUUGAAAAUUACGGGAGCGGAGAGCAAACUCAAUACUGCUGGAUGGCGUGGGAGCCCAGCCUGGGCGCCUUCUACGGCCCCACGGCCUUCAUCGUCCUGGUGACCUGCAUCUACUUCCUGUGCACCUUCAUCCACCUGCGCCGACACCCGGACAGGAAGUACGAGCUGAAGGCGGGCGGCGAGGAGCACCAGCGCCUGGCCGUCGCGGACCUGCCGCCACACUGCCACCAGGGGGCCUCGGAGCCUGGAGCGCCGGGCCCCGAGGGCAGGGGACCAGGAGGAGGAGGAGGUGGAGGUGGUGUUGGAGGAGGAGGUGGUGGUGAAGCAAGAGGGCAUUGCGCUGGGGGCUGCGGCAUCAACCCGGCGCUCCUGGCCAACGAGCACUCGUUUGGGGCGCAGCUGAGCACGGCGGCCUUCACGCUCUUCCUCUUCCUGGCCACGUGGACGUUCGGGGCGCUGGCCGUGUCCAUGGGCCACUUCCUGGACAUGAUCUUCAGCUGUCUGUACGGCGCCUUCUCGGUCACGCUGGGCUUGUUCGUGCUCAUCCACCACUGUGCCAAGCGGGACGACGUGUGGCACUGCUGGUGCUCCUGCUGCCGGAGACGGAGAGGCGGCGGUGGGGGGGCGCGGGCCGGGCACCAGGUGGUGCACGGGGGCUGCAUGGGCCACGGGCACGGGCACGGACACGGGCACGGCCACGGCCACGGACGGCCCAAGCUCAACGUAAACGGGGACAUGCUAGCGCACGGCCCCCCGUUGAUCCACGCCCACUGCGGCCACCUGGACUCUCCCUGCCCGGGCAAGGCCCUCCUGGCUGGGGGAACGCACGCACACACCCACACACACACGCACGGGCCCUGCAAGCUGGGCGGCCUGCCCGCGGCCGCCACCACCAGUCCCCCUCCUCCGUCCGCGCACCACGUGGCCUGCCUGUCGCCCGCGCCCUGCUGCGCCGCCAUGCACUCCCAGCAGCUGCUCCAGGACGAGGAGGCCGAGGCCGAGGACGAGCCUCCCGCCCACGUGCUGCUCCACGCGGACCCGGACGGCUACCGGCCCGCCAUCCACCUCCACCGCUGCCUGAAGGGUGGCAGCGUCAGGACUAAAGGCGGCCGGCGACUGAGCCGCCAGCGGGGCGGCAGCGAGCGGGAGUUCGCGUACCACCUCCCUGCCGACGGCGGUGGUGGGGGUAGCGGGCACAGCUCGCGUGCCAACAGCCCGCACAGCAUGCUGGACGCUGGGCACCUGUGCCACCACGAGCACGAUCUGGGCUGCGUGGAGGCGGGCGCUCACCAUCACCACCACCACCAUCACCACGGCAGCGGGGGAUGCCACCACGCCGACGGCGGGCCCCACCACAGCUGCCAUGCGGCCCUGUGCCACGCGCGCCACUCCUGCUGCGCCAAGGCCGAGCUGUUCCCCGCCCUGUGCCCCACGGAGCUGGUCGGCGACGCGGGCGCCUUCCUGUGCGGGUGCGGCAAGAUGGCGGCGGCCUCGGCAGAGGACGAGCUGGCGGUGGGCGGGCACUUGGAGAUGAGGCCGCGCCGGCAGUCGCUGCUGCAGCAGGGCGCCCAGUCGUCCAAUCAGAACGGCAUCCUGAAAAGCACCGCCCACGAGGCCAUCCUGUACCCGCUGGACAGCACGGGGAAUAUACGCACCGGACCCUGGAGGAACGAAACUACCGUGUAGUGCAAGGGCUCCUGCUGUGUCACAAACAAAAUGGAAUUUAUUGAAAUAAACUAAUACUAAACUAACUAGAACUCUGGAGAUGAAACAGACUUUGGAGAUACAAACUGACCCUGCCACCUCUUUUCCCCCGAUCCCCUAGGAGACUACACAACUCAGAAACGAUCUAAGGAUUUUAUUUUCAUUUGUAUUUUUUAUUUUUUUAUUUUUGGUUUUGUUGAGUUUUUUUAAUACAUUAAUUUCAUGAUUCUCUCAUUCAGCCUCCAUGUUGGGCGUACAUUCAGUAUUUCUCGUGCCAUUGUACAGGUUGAAUAGAAAUCGUCCUGAAGUGUUUCACAGCCAUCACAGGCUGACUGUGCACAUUUGUGUACAUGUGUG